GAGCCGACAGUGUAUAGAGAUCUGACUAUCAAGAACACGUCAAACAUUUAAAUAUGAUAAAUUUCACCGAUAUUUCGAACUCGAGUUUAACAGAGAGAGGCGGGAAUACAACCACAGGAAAUCCCAUGAUGCAGCAGCCAGGUGUUUUACAAUACUUCAAUUAUAUUUUCUUACCAGUUGUUACAAUUGUCGGAGUAACAGGAAACAUAUUCACUAUCAUAGUUAUGCGGUCAAAAAGAUUUUCAAAUACAACUUCAUCUUUAUCAUUGAUAGCAUUAGCCAUAUCUGAUACCAUCUUUUUAGUUAUUCAACCCUUCCACAAGGCAUUUGUCACACAGUUUUUUGGUGUGGACAUCCGGGCAUUCAGUGACGUACUCUGUAAAUUGUACUUUAUCAUCCUAAAGUCUUCAAAGAUGAUGUCUUCUUGGUUUGUAGUUGGUCUAUGUGUCGAGCGCUUCAUAGCAGUUUGGUUUCCCUUGAAAGCAAAAUUAAUUGUGACAAAAAGAACAGUCAUCGUCAUGAUUUCCGUCAUUGUUAUGGUUAUCGCAACAUUCAAUGGAUUCUGGAGUUACGCAUACACAAGCACCAAUGGAGUGUGUGUCCAUGAUGGUUAUAAUCACAAUUCAACACAAGAAGUCCAGUUGUUUGGUGGAAUGCUACUAGCUGGAUUGGCAUGGUAUUCUCUGAUACCGAUCCCCGUUCUAGUGAUCCUUACAACCCUUAUCAUCUGGAAGCUUACGAUCCAAAUACGGGCUAGAAAAUCAAUGACAACAAAAAGUAAUGAUGACGUACACAUAAAAAUAACAGUUAUGUUGAUAGGUAUAAACAUAUCAUUCAUUCUCCUUGUUUGUCCGGUCUCUAUUUUUCAAUUUGUAGCUUUCCAAAAAAAAAGUCACGGCCACGGAAAUCAACAUGAAUGGUUAAAGGUAUUGAAGGAGUUUUCACAAGGAUUAGAGCAGUUCAACUAUGGAAUUAAUUUUUUCUUAUAUGUGUUAACCUCUCAGCAGUUCCGUGAUGCUUUUGUGGGAUUAUUCAGAAAAAGUCUGCCUCGAGACACGUUCACAUCCAGUAAAAAUAAGACAAAGAAAUCUACAAUAUCUAGGUAGUUUUUCUGGAUCAAAUAUUUAAGAAGAGUGUUGUAUUC